UGGCGUCCAGCAGGAAAAGUUGAGUUUAAAAAGCCCGUUUCUUGCUUCCCUUCCAGCGCCCCUCGGUGUGUCCCCCCCCUCAGACCCCUGGCCCGGGAUGCGAGCUGCCCGCCCCGUCAGAUGGCCGCCGCGUCAACCGGGAAACUCCAGCGCCAAGAAUCCCAAACCGGACAAAAAUUGGGAGUAUAAACACGGGGGAAACGUCAUCCCAUGAGGUGCUGGGGGGGGAUUCACCACCCGCUUCGCCCUUGGGCCCCACCCUGGGGAAAAACCACCCCGGCUUCACCCGCGGCUCCGGCACGUCGCAGCCUGGGAGAGGAGUAGGCGACAGACCCCCAAAAAUUCGCAUUUUUGAGUGUUUUUGAGAGAGACAUUUUCAUCGUCGAGAAGAGUGUGAGCAGCAGGUGGAGGGAGGUCAUCCUGCCCCUCUGCUCUGCCCUGGUGACAUGUGAAGGCAGCGCCCGGCGCAGGGAGCGGCAGCAGCUGAGAUGCAUUCGAGCCACACCGAUGACCCCAAGGAAGCCAUACAGCUGAUCAAGAAGCAGCUGGUGAACGCCAUCAAGGCGCUGCAGAAGCAGUACGUGAGCUCGGACGCCGUGGUGACCAGCGACGAUGGGAACGCCAACACCCUCUGCAGCGCCCUGGAGGCCGUCUUCGUGCACGGGCUGAAGGCCAAGCACAUCAAGGCAGAGAGCGGGGGGAAAGGGAAGAAAACGGGGGGUCGGGGACCCCUUCCCCAGCCCGUCUUCUGGGGGCUGCUGAAGAGCAUCACCCACCGAAAUAUUGUCUCGGAGCUGGAACAACUUAUCUUUAUCAACACGGACGUGGGGCGGUGCCGAGCCUGGCUGCGGUUGGCUUUGAACGAUGGCCUGGUGGAAUGUUACCUCCAGCUCCUGCUGCGGGAGAGGUCCCGGCUGCCCGAAUACUACCAGGCCACCGCUCUGCUCUUGGACACCGAAGAGUGCGAGUUUCUCCUCAGCUAUUUGCAGGGUUUAACCUCCUUAACCUUCCAGCUCUCCUAUAAAUCGGCGGUUUUGAACGAGUGGACCAUCACCCCUCUGUCCCUCUCGGGUCUGUGCCCCGUUUCGGAGCUGCUGGAGCCCCUCACGUCCUCCACAUCCGAACCCCGUAGAAAAGCCUCGCUGGGUUCCAUCUCCCAGUCCUCGGGGUCAGACGAGAUCGAGAUCCAACCCUCCGUCCUCCCCAUCGGCAAAGCUGGUGGUGGCAAGAUCAAGCUGACGUCCUCCUCGUUGAGCCUCAACACCACCAGCUCCUCCCAGCUCUCUUCCAGCCUGGGCUCCGACAGCGUCCCCCCGGCUCCCUGCGCCCGCAGCCCCGAGCGGGGCGAGGAGCCCCUCUCCUGCGACUCCGACCUGGGGACCACCACCACCGAGGACCUGGACAGGUCGCUGCAAGAGGUGUUGUCCGAGUUCAGCAAAGCCAAGCCAAGCCUGGAAGCCCCGGAGGGAGGGCUGGUCCCCAACGUGCUGGGCUGCUCCCCACAGCUGCUUGCUGGCCCCCCAGCCCCCUCACCCGUCCCCAAAGCCCCCUCACCCGUCCCCCCAGCCCCGUCCCACGGAGCUCACCGCCCACGGCCUCCUGGCACCGGCUGCCCACGCUCCCCUGGGACAGGUGAUGUGGUGACCACCAGGGAUGGGGAUGCAGGACCACAAGCUGGUGUCACAGCCAGCCUUCUGACCACACGGCGUGACAGUCCCACUGGAGGAGGGACAGGCAGGAGCACGGGGAGCAGCAGUGAGGCCAGCCAGGCCGUCCGCAGCCCCACGGCCGACUACCUCCUCUCUCCACUGCUGGGUUGUCCGAAAAGAAAGAGCUGGAUCUCAGAAGAUGAUUUCUACAGACCUUCUCCGGGUGACAGCACCGAAAGCAGGGCCGACACCAACGGCUUUGGGCCAGAGGGGGCUGGUGAGGGUCUGGCCCCGGGGCUCAUUAGUGCCCUGGAUUUGGAAAGGCUGUCGGUGCCGUCCUCGGAGAGUGAGAAGCCCAAAACGUCACCUGAACGGGAACAAAAAGGCUUCAGCGUCGUGCACCGCAGGCAGAUGGGUCUUUCCAACCCUUUCCGAGGGCUGCUGAAGCUGGGCAGCCUGGAGAGGAGAGGAGCCAUGGGGAUCUGGAAGGAGUUUUCCUGCGAGCUGUCGCCGCUGGAGCUCCGGCUCUUCCUGGACCACGAGGACCGCAUCUGCGUGGAGAGCUACUCCCUGCUGCGCUGCGAGUCGCUGGCGCUGACGCACUCGGACGGCCGCUUCGAGCUGGUUUUCCUGGGGAAAAAGCUCUCCCUGCGAGCUCCUUCCCGGGACGAGGCCGAGGACUGGUUGGACAGGAUCCGUGAGGCGCUGCACAAGUGCCGGCCUCAGCUGGAGGAGGAGGAGUGGGAGACACUGGAGUAUUCAGAGGAUGGUGGUGAAGGCCAGCCCGUCCCCAACGACUCCGCGGCUCUUCUCCAGUACAGCAACGUGCCUGGGAAUGGCUUUGACUGGACUCCAGUUCCUGAACCCGAGCUGGAUGCCAUAAAAGAGGCUGUUCUGUACGUGGACGUCGACAAAACUUGGGUCCCUUUUAUUUUCUCCCUCUCUCUAGAAACUUUAAAGUGCUUUAAAAUCAGAAACAAUGAUAAAAUUUUAAGCAACAGUUAUGGUAUAGAGACCAUCCAGGACAUCCUUCCGGACACGAGCCUUGGGGGACCCGCGUUCUUCAAGGUGAUCACCUCCAAAGCUGUCCUGAAGCUGCAGGCUGAGAACGCAGAAGAAGCUGCCUCGUGGAGGGAGCUGGUCCGUGGGGUGCUCAUGUCCUACCUGGAGAGCGCCGAGGAGGCCCUGACGUUGGGUGGCAGCUUGGAUGGACACUCCCAGGUCGUCCUGAAGAACAUCGUGAAGGAGAACGGGUUCUUGUUGCAAUACCUGGUGGCCAUCCCUACGGAGAAGGGCCUGGACUCGCAGAGCUUCAUCUGUGCAGGCUGCUCCAGGCAGAUCGGCUUCUCCUUUGGGAAGCCCAAGCUCUGUGCUUUCUCCGGUCUCUACUACUGCGACAGCUGCCACCGGGACGAGGAGACGGUCAUUCCUUCGCGCCUCAUCCACAACUGGGAUCUGACAAAACGAGGGGUUUGCCGCCAGGCCUUCAAGUUCCUCACCCAGAUCCGUAACCAGCCCCUGAUCGACCUGAAGCUGGUCAACGAGAGCCUCUACGACCACGUGGAGAGGAUGGGACGGAUCCACCGGAGCAGGGAACAGCUGAAGCUGCUGGGGGAUUAUCUCAUCAUGUGCCGCAGCGGGGCCCUGAAGGAGCUGAGCAAGCGGCUUGAUCACCGGCACUACCUCUUGGAGUGUCCCCACAAGUACAGCGUCGCUGACCUGAGGCAGAUCGCCGACGGCGUCUUCGAGACCUUCCUGCAGUCUCUGAUCCAGUUUGCCUCCCAUCACGUCUACAACUGCGACCUCUGCACCCAGCGGGGCUUCAUCUGCCAGAUCUGCAACAGCAACCACAUCAUUUUUCCCUUUGAGUUUGACACUACCACCAGGUGCAGCCAAUGCAAAACCGUCUUCCACCGGGACUGCCAGGCCCGUGCCAGGUCGUGCCCGCGCUGCGAGCGCCGGCAGAGGUACCAGCGGGAGCUGGAGGCAGAGCCCAGUGCCCAGCCCAGCCUGUAGCACCCGGGGAGCCCCCGGUGACACUGUCCUCCUGGGCUCCUCCACCAGCCAGGACUAGUGCCAAAGGGAAGGGGCCAGUGGGAGGGGGCGAAAAGACCCCCCCCCUGCCCAGGAGCCAUCCUGCACCCAGCCCUUCCCCACGCUGGGCGAUGCGGGUGCUCCUGCCCCACGGAGGGACCCUCUGCCCAGCCAGGGCUCAGCAAGAGGGGGGCUGGAAGGGUGUCCCCCCCCAACUUCCCUCCUCACACUAACCCGGUGCUGCUGGGGGGGGGCUGCUCCCAGUCCCCCUCCUGGUGCCAAACUGGUACGUCCCCUCCCGCUGGAAGCCCCGGCGCCUUUUCCAG